GUAAAUGCAGUAGUGAUACUUCAUACUACUUCUGCUACCUCAAUAAGCAACGUCAAUGUCAAUGUAGCUCUCAUUAAUGCUGUUUUUCCCAACAGGAAAACGCAAUAAUUUUUUAUACUGCUGGUAAACCAUCCUUCAGCGUCUUUACAAUCCGCUCUGCUGCAUGUGUUUCAUUAUCUACUUAAAGUAGGAGAAUAAACAUCAUUUCAAAAAUAGAAGAAAACAGCAGCAUCGAUCAUCAGGUACUUCAGAGAAAACAACAACAACAUCAGCGAUCAUCAGAAGUUUUGAGUAAGUAACAAGAGCAGUCCGUCCAUCAAAAAAUCAGAAAAAGAGCGACGUGACAAAAUGAAUCGUGAACUGAUUUCGUUUAUUUUGGUGGCAAUCGUGAUAAUUUGUUUGAUCACACCUGGACCGGUUGAUUGCAUGGGAAAUGUCUUGGAGAUGGGGAGUGAGUUGUUGACUAAGAAGGAGCAAGGGGGCAUGUGGUUUGUCAAGUUCUAUGCUCCGUGGUGCGGCUACUGCAAGAAGCUUGAGCCUACGUGGAGUGAACUGGAGAAGAGGGUGCGUCCACUGGGCGUGACUGUGGCCAGAGUGGAUGCCACCAUCCAUGAACACGUUGCACACCAAUUCGAGGUCAAGGGAUUCCCCACUCUCAUAUUCUUCAAAGGCGAUCGCAAAUUCACAUACUCUGGUUCGCGCACUCUAGACAACUUAGAGGAAUUCGUGAAGCGUGUCAGUGGUCCCCCAGUGGACGAGAUAUCAUCAGUGGCUCAAUUCGUCAAGCUGAGGCACUCGGAGAAGCCGUUCUUCCUCUACUACGGAGAACUAUCAUCUUCAGUCUCGACUAUGUUGGAGGCAUAUAAAAUAGUGGCGGAUAAAAUGCAAGAGAAAACUUAUUUCAAGUCGAUCCAGAGAACAGACUUUCUUCCAAACGACAUGAAGUCGGACGACCUCUUUGUGAAAAACUCAUUGGCGGUAGUGAAGGGCAAAACGUUCUACAGAUUCGAAACCCCGUCAGGAGGGGGGCCAUGUACUCUUGCGACUACCUCUACCACUGAAAAAGAAGAGGCAGUUGAGUCGUGUGUUGUGAGUAUGACUCAGUGGGUCAAGAGGGAGAGGGUCCCCAAUUUCUCUGCAGUCACCCCGGACACAUUCCACGAAGUGCAAGGAACAGGUAAUAUGUUGGCGCUGGCCAUUGUUCCCGAGGACCUUCCAAAGAGUCAGUCUUUGCGUAUGUGGAGCAAGGCGAUUGCAGACGAUUACAGGGCCAGUUAUGGACACAUGUUCACAUUCGGAUUCAUCCGAGAUGCCAAUCUAUUCCGAGACAUCACUCUGGACUCCUCGAUUGUGCUGCCCUCUUUCUUCGUCUUAGAUCCGCCAACAGACCAGUACUAUGUUCCGGAGAUAGAGGGUUCCGAGUUAACGCAGGGAAGCUUAAUGCAUUUUCUGGACGACGUGAAGAGUGGAAAAGUAGCUGCGAGGGGAGGCACCUCUCUCUGGAGGCGUUUCAGAAGAGCCAUGCACGAAUUGUCCAAGGCCAUGUUUGACCUGUUCUCUGUGAGUGUCAUUCUGGCCAUGUUGGUGCUGUCAGUGCCCCUCAUAGUCGUCUCCUGUCUCUGCUACCUCCUCUGUACUAUGGACACCACUGAGUCAGACGCACAAUCGGGCGACGAAGAUGAAGACGAUGAAGAUCGACGUCCGGGUUCGAUUGAAGAUGGAAGGGGACAGUAUGGUGCUGUAGAUGGAGAACACGAAGGACUGAGACACAGAGCAGCAACACAGAAUACAUCGGAUGAUGCGGAUGUUGAGAUAUAGAUAAAUACUACUUGAAAUGUUUGAAUAAUGGGUUCCCAACAUUAAGUUCCAAGCACAAAAUCUCUUUCGAAUGACGGAAGUUGCGCAAUUUAUGCACGGAAACGAAUUUUGACUUGUAAUUCAGUUCCAAAAAUACAAGCCAAAAACGCACUGUUGGUGUCAGAUAAUGCAUAUAUCUCGAUUGCUCUGCUAUUUUGAGCUCUCAUGUUUGCAGCUAUUUUAAAAAGGGCUUUUGAGUAAUUUCACGAGUUGGAACUUAAAUUUGACAGGAAUUGGUUACAGCAUAGUCAUAGUUGAUCCGCUGAGUUCCUGAUUUGUGCAGUUUUUGAAAUGAGUGAUACAGAUAUUAGAAAUUACUGAGCGCAUCGACCACUCUCAAUUCGAAUUUUCUAGAAAAAAUGCUUUGAUUUUUUUCUUUCAUUUUUAUAGGUAUGGAGUACCUGGGUGAAGCUAAUGGCAAUAUGAUCAG